AUGGCAUACCUAUGUAAGUUGAAUACUCCUCUUCGCAAAACUGAACAUCUCAAUGCCGAUGGAAAUUGUGUUCGAGCUAGGCGAAGUAUUGUAGAACUUGAAGACUUAAACACUCUCAAUAACUGCACCACCUCCUGGCCCAUGAUUGCGGAGCAUUGUACCUAUAAACAGCAGCACCAUCAGCGUCAUGGAUGUGAGAGUAAGAUGCAACGUCCAUUUCUAGAGUUUAAUAAGGGGAAGGCCCCCUUAUCCAAGAAGGAAGAAGCUAAGAAUGAUGUUCCUCAUAAAACUCCCCAACAAACUGAGGCAAAUAACCACGCUGAAGCAAAUGCAGAGGCUUCUAUCAAAGCAGAACAGCAAGUUGAAGUAGCUCAUCAUCAUCUAGAAGAAGAGGAGGCACAAAAUACCAAUCAAAAAACUUUCGAACAGGUUGCAGAAGUCCAUCAACCUACUGAUAGUGCAGUCAACGAACUGGUUACGUCUUCGGAACCCAUGGAACAUAAAAUCGAGACGGAGGAAUCACACGAAUGCAAGACCACAUCACCAGGAACGGCAGUCGUUGAACAUGAGGAAGCCGGUGGAAUAGCUACAGCUACAGAGAUUGAAACUUUUUGUGGAGCCCCCCCAAAGGCAGAGCAUACGGUAGAGCACAUGGAAGUUAUUGAAUCCGGAAUUCCUCAAGAAACUGAACCCCCAUGCGCUUCUCCUCCAACAGAGACGACUACGGAGCAUCAAGAAGAGCUUCAAUGUGAAAGUUUUACACCAACAGAGGCGGCAAUGGAAGUUGCUGCUUACCAAGAGCCUGCUGUUCCCCAAGAAAUCGAACCUCCCUGCGAUGCUUCUACCACAGAAGGCGUCGCGGUGGAUCAUCAGGAUGAGCUGAAAUGUGUAAGUGUUCCACCAACGGAGGAGAUGGUGGAGGUUGCUACAAGUCAGGAGCCUAUUGUUUUCCAAGAAUCUGAAGCUCCAUGCCAGGUUUCUUCCACAGAAGUCAUCGCGAUAGAUCAUCAAGAAGGGCUCCAAUGUGAAAGCUGUACACCGACAAGAGAGAGAAUGGAAGCUACUGCAUACCAGGAGUCUGUUAUUCCCCCAGAACCUGAGCCUCCAUGCGAUGCUUCUCAUACAGAAGUUACCACAGAGCAUCAAGGAGAACUUCAAUGCACAAGUGUUCCACCAGCGGAGGAUAUGGUGGAGGUAGCUCUAUGUCAGGAGUCCUCCGUUCCCCAAGAAGCUGUACCUCCAUGCGAUGUUUCCUCCACAGAGCAUCAAGAAGAGCUUCAAUGGGCAAGUGUUCCACCAACGAAGGAGAUGGCGGAGGUCGCUGUAAGUCAAGAGCCCACUAUUUCCCAAGAAGCUGAAACAACAUGCGAUGUCUCUUCCACAGAGCAUCAAGAAGAGCUUCAAUGUGCAAGUGUUCCACCAACAGAGGAGAUGGUUGAGGUUGCUACAAUUCAGGAGCCUACUGUUCUCCAAGAAGCUGUACCUCCAUGCGAUGUUUCCUCCACAGAGCAUCAAGAAGAGCUUCAAUGGGCAAGUGUUCCACCAACGAAGGAGAUGGCGGAGGUCGCUGUAAGUCAAGAGCCCACUAUUUCCCAAGAAGCUGAAACAACAUGCGAUGUCUCUUCCACAGAGCAUCAAGAAGAGCUUCAAUGUGCAAGUGUUCCACCAACAGAGGAGAUGGUUGAGGUUGCUACAAUUCAGGAGCCUACUGUUCUCCAAGAAGCUAAACCUCCAUGCGAUGCUUCUCCUACAGAAGUUACCACAGAGCAUCAAGAAGAAGUGCAUUGUGAAAAUGUUCCACCAACGGAGGAGGCAACAGAAGUUGCUAUAUGUCAGGAGUCAACCGUUCCUCAAAACGCUGAACCUCCUUGUGAAGCUGUUCCAACAAUUUUGGAGCACAAUGAAGUUAAAGAAUUCUCAGAUCUUUCAGAAAUACACGAUGUUCAAGAAACUCUCCAAAGUAAACAAGAAAUGUCAACUCAGGUUAACGAAAUAAAUCAUCAACUCAACAGUGAGGAGGAGCACAAGGAUGUUCAAGACUCCUCCUCUACAAUCCAUGCUAGUGUUUUGCCAAAAGGAUUUUACUGGGCAACAGUAUCAACACCACUGCCAGAAGGUGCGAUCGACAUUCAUGAAUUGCACCUUCCAAUGCACGUGGGUUUAGUCGAGACCGAGAAGGGGGAGGUUCCAUGCAAGUACCUCGUCACGAAGGGGUCUUUCUAUGUCGGAAUUGAUGGAAGAGAAGAGAGUUUUACACAUGGCAAAAUCCUCUGCUUGGAUCCAAACAUGGCUGAGUCAAUAGAAAUUGAAUGGGUCCACGCCAGCACUCCGGACAUUCGAUCAAGGAACCUUGUGGCUGGAACCCGGGAUGUCAAUGGAAAACUAUUAUACAUUGCUCGAGGCAUGAUUCCUCUCAUCGGUCCUUAUCCCUACUACGAGCUCAGUUCUGGAUGGGUUGCCGAAGAUCUCGAGUUUGCACACCUCCCUUUUGGCGGUGUGGAGUGGAAACAACACGAUUUCGAUGUGUUGGCUUGGAAACCGAGGCACUGUUAA